UCAGAGUGGAGGGGGGACGUGUGCGCCUGCGCUGAAUCCGUUUUGGGUCUUGCUGUGGCUCUUUGACUUCCGGUCCAGGCAUUCGUUAUAAUGCCCUAAAGACCAUUGAGGUCGUCGCCGACCGAAAUACAAAGGGUUGAUUACGGCCGGAUGUAGCGCCUGCAACACAACCUACGAGGGAAUUAGUGUUUUCCGAAGCGUGAUGUCAUACGAAAGCAUAUCAUCUGUUUCAUAUUGUUUUUGACAAAGGAAAGAAUAAGAACUAGACCGUACUUCUACCGGAAACCGCGUUCACUGCCUACUCUCUAUCACCCCGUGUUCCGGCGGAAGCGUGACGGGGUGUCCGCGCGGCCGCGGCUGACGUCGAGCUCCACCUUUAAACGUCUCAAGCUUCCUUGACGCGGCUUUUGUUUCAUACCUGCAGGACAUCGGGUGUCAGUCGCGACUUUGCUUGGACAAACUAACGGCGUUCGCUAUCCGUGGUUACCAACCUCCAGGUUUACAGUGCAGCGAAGAUGGUAACGCCACUCGCUGACAUCAACAUGCUGCCAGACCAUACGCUGGAGCGUGUGUUUUUCUACUUGAACCCAUUUGACCUUGGAAGGGUCUCACAGGUGUGCACGCGCUGGAGCAAGCUGAGCGGCGCGCGCCGGCUGUGGUCCGGCCACCAGUUCCGCCACAAGCUGCGCGCCACGGCGGACUGCCUGCGCUCCAUCCGCCUGCUGAGCCGCAGCCGCGGCGUGUUCCCUUACCACAAGGUGGAGGUGGCCUUGGACUCCGCACUCGGCCGCCACCAGAUCUCAAUCGGGCGCGAUGCCGACCGGGUGACGGUGGCCACCGCCUCGCCCCUCACGAUGCUGCUGAGCCUGCGGCACCUCGUCUGCGACCGCGUCACGACCCUCAAGGUGACGGUCUCGCAGAUGGAGGCGCUGACGCCGUUCGAGGCCCAGGUGGUGUGGGAGACCAUCGCCAGCAAGGAGAGACUCUCGGAGCUGUUCCUGACCCUCCACAGGGGUGGUGCCAUGUUCCUGUGUCCGUUCGAGUGGCCCCAGCGGGGUUUUGUUACCCAGGUGACCUUUAAGGCACUUGGGAACGCCCCGUCGGGAUCUUCCGUCUGCGCUCCCGUCCGGUCGCUUCUGGAAAUGCACCGCUACCAGCUCAAGUUGUUGUACGUCGUGAAUGAGGAUCAGCAACCCUUACUGGAGUUCUGCCCGUCAGACGCCUUCCAUCUUCAGGCCAUAUUGCUGCCCAGUCUCGUCGGACGGUUGACGCAGUUUCACCGACUUCGGAGCCUGUGUCUAAACUCCCACUUCGCGCAUCCGGACGUUCUUGCCGAAGUGCUGUCUUUGCCCGGCAUUCGGCACUCGCUGUGGGACCUGGAUGUCAUCAUCAAACCGGGUCAUUGGGAAGAUGGAGAAGGUCUGAGCGUGCAGGCACUGCUGGAACUGCUUCGUGGCUUCGAACACCUCCGGAAGGUGCGCCUCAUAGGCCUGUCCGUGAGCCCCGAUGCCCCCCAAAGAGGUCCUUGGAACCUGCGGGGCCUGAUGAAGAGUCUGCCCCAGGUCAAGGCGAUAGUUCUGGACGUAGAUCCCUGCAUGCUGCCUCUGGACGUGUUGGUGCCUCACGAAGGCGGCGAGUCCGUGGUGCCGGACACGCUGACCGCCCUGAAGCUGGAGCGCUCGACAGUGUCGGUGCAGGCACUGCACAAGCACUCCGCGGAGGACAGCUGGCUGGUGGAGCUCCGCCAGGUCAUGAGGACGGCCCCGCGCCUCCACGUCAUCAUCGAGGCCUCGUCCUGCUUCGUCGCCGAUCGGCGCCUCUCCAAGGUCGUCAUCAUGCCCCACCGCGUGGCCGAGGCGUGCAAGGAUUGCCCUGGUUUCCCUGCACCACAGAGAGGAUUUUCGACAAUCUACAUUGAAGACUACUUCCUCUAGCUGUGAUGUUCACUGUACUGCAUAUGUUUUUUUCUACUGCUUUUAUAUUUGAUCUUUGAAACUUUGACUUUUAAUAAAUUAGAAUAAGUAAAGA